GACUUUCAAGAGGUUGCAUGCGGCAAUCUGCCACCAACGGACGAUCACACAUGGAGAACCGCUCUUGUGUCAGAUUCCUUUACAUAAUGCAGGACUGUUGGCCUCCCAGCACUCGACAUCCGAGCCACAUUCCCAGAAACCACGAACCAAACAGGAAAAGAUGUUUGCACAUGCGUCACCAGUAUACACCAUGGCGUAUCUAAGCCCGUUCUAGGACGUACCUACUUCCGAUGCUGCUUUGCCCCAACGUCCGACACGGGCACACACCCCAUGCAUGGCAUGUCGACAGCCUCUUUGUCCCUCCCGCCCCCCCUCCUCUGCGAAUAGAGUGCAAGCGUGCCUGGCAUGUCCAGGCGGUCUUGUACUACCACCCCCAGGACGACCAACCAGGACAGAUACAUGCGUGCCCAUGACUUCAACGGCCCAUGUGAGACAAAAAGCCAGCGCCCCUGAUGAGUUGCAUAUGCUGCCGCCGCCGCCGCCGCUGUGGUCCGCUUACACUUUGGACAAGUACUCUUGCCUCGACCUCGACACCGCAGCUCCGCAAAGGAAUUCCAGGAAAAAGAACGGGCUUUGUAGCAAACACCAAGGGGCCUUCACAGACCGUUGGCCGUCCGUCACAAUUCACGCGCCAAUGCUGGGAAUCGGGACCAACAGGGCCCCAGAGUCAAGCAUAUCAGCUGACCGCGAUGUGUCGUGGGAUUCCUCACAAACCCCACUCUUCAGGAAUAACAAAGUAACCCCCUGAGCGUCAUACAUAUCCCGCCAAGAAAUAUAUGAUCGAAU